CCAACGAGCAGAUUCUCGCGAGAGGUUACGUCAGUCCCAUCCAGGCGUCGUGUGAACUGCAGCUGGUGCCGAAGGCGGAGGUGGGACCGGAGGGGUGUGGGAAUAUGUCGGACAGCGAGGACAGCAAUUUCUCUGAAGAGGAGGACAGCGAGCGCAGCAGUGACGGCGAGGAGGCUGAGGUAGAGGAGGAGAGGCGGAGCGCAGCAGGCAGUGAGAAGGAGGAAGAGCCCGAGGAAGAAGAGGAGGAAGAGGAGGAAGAAUAUGAUGAGGAAGAAGAGGAAGAAGAUGAUGACCGACCUCCCAAGAAACCGCGCCAUGGUGGCUUCAUUCUGGAUGAGGCUGAUGUGGACGAUGAGUAUGAGGAUGAGGACCAAUGGGAAGAUGGAGCAGAGGACAUCCUAGAGAAAGAAGAGAUUGAAGCCUCCAAUAUUGACAAUGUUGUCCUGGACGAAGACCGUUCUGGGGCUCGCCGCCUACAGAACCUCUGGAGGGACCAGCGAGAAGAAGAAUUAGGCGAGUAUUACAUGAAGAAAUAUGCCAAGACAUCUGGGGGAGAGACGGUGUAUGGAGGGUCUGACGAACUCUCUGAUGACAUCACUCAGCAGCAGCUGCUCCCAGGAGUCAAGGAUCCAAAUCUGUGGACUGUCAAGUGUAAGAUUGGGGAGGAACGGGCCACAGCCAUUUCCUUGAUGCGCAAGUUCAUUGCUUACCAGUUCACAGACACGCCCCUGCAGAUUAAGUCGGUGGUGGCACCGGAGCACGUGAAGGGCUACAUCUACGUGGAGGCCUACAAGCAGACCCACGUGAAGCAGGCCAUCGAGGGCGUGGGCAACCUGCGGCUUGGCUACUGGAACCAGCAGAUGGUGCCCAUCAAGGAAAUGACAGAUGUGCUCAAAGUGGUGAAGGAGGUGGCCAACCUGAAACCAAAAUCCUGGGUUCGCCUCAAGCGAGGCAUCUAUAAGGAUGACAUCGCACAGGUGGAUUAUGUGGAGCCCAGCCAAAACACCAUCUCUCUGAAGAUGAUCCCACGCAUCGACUAUGACCGCAUCAAGGCCCGCAUGAGUUUGAAAGAUUGGAUUGCUAAAAGGAAGAAGUUUAAACGGCCUCCACAGAGACUGUUUGACGCUGAGAAGAUUAGGUCCCUGGGGGGCGAUGUUGCCUCUGAUGGUGACUUCCUCAUCUUCGAGGGGAACCGUUACAGCCGGAAGGGCUUUCUGUUUAAGAGCUUCGCCAUGUCUGCUGUGAUCACAGAGGGUGUGAAGCCCACACUCUCGGAGCUGGAGAAGUUUGAGGACCAGCCGGAGGGUAUUGACCUGGAGGUGGUGACUGAGAGCACAGGGAAGGAAAGGGAGCACAACUUCCAACCUGGGGACAAUGUGGAGGUAUGUGAGGGUGAGCUCAUCAACCUGCAGGGCAAGAUUCUCAGUGUGGACGGCAACAAGAUCACCAUCAUGCCCAAGCAUGAGGACCUCAAGGACAUGCUAGAGUUCCCGGCCCAGGAACUUAGGAAAUACUUCAAGAUGGGGGAUCAUGUGAAGGUGAUUGCUGGCCGAUUCGAGGGUGACACAGGCCUCAUUGUGCGAGUGGAGGAGAACUUUGUCAUCCUCUUCUCUGACCUCACGAUGCAUGAGCUGAAAGUGCUCCCCCGGGACCUGCAGCUCUGCUCAGAGACGGCAUCAGGUGUGGAUGUGGGGGGCCAGCACGAAUGGGGAGAGCUGGUGCAGCUGGACCCUCAAACCGUGGGUGUCAUUGUGCGACUAGAGCGGGAGACCUUCCAGGUGCUUAAUAUGUAUGGGAAGGUGGUUACUGUCAGGCACCAGGCUGUGACUCGGAAGAAGGACAACCGAUUUGCUGUGGCCCUGGACUCGGAACAAAACAACAUCCAUGUAAAAGACAUCGUCAAGGUCAUUGAUGGCCCCCACUCAGGCCGGGAGGGUGAGAUUCGCCAUCUCUUCCGCAGCUUUGCCUUCUUGCAUUGCAAAAAACUGGUGGAGAACGGGGGCAUGUUUGUCUGUAAGACACGUCACCUGGUGCUGGCUGGGGGCUCAAAGCCACGAGAUGUGACCAACUUCACCUUGGGUGGCUUUGCCCCAAUGAGUCCCCGGAUCAGCAGCCCCAUGCACCCCAGUGCUGGAGGUCAGCGUGGUGGCUUUGGUAGCCCAGGUGGCAGCAGUGGCGGCAUGAGCAGGGGUCGGGGGCGAAGAGACAAUGAGCUCAUCGGCCAGACUGUGCGCAUCUCCCAGGGGCCCUAUAAAGGCUACAUUGGUGUGGUGAAGGAUGCCACGGAGUCUACGGCCCGAGUGGAACUGCAUUCCACCUGCCAGACCAUCUCUGUAGACCGUCAGCGGCUCACCACAGUGGGCUCACGGCGCCCGGGUGGCAUGAACUCAACCUAUGGGCGGACACCCAUGUAUGGCUCCCAGACACCCAUGUAUGGUUCUGGCUCCCGCACACCCAUGUAUGGCUCUCAGACACCUCUUCAGGAUGGCAGCCGCACCCCGCAUUACGGCUCGCAGACACCCCUGCAUGAUGGCAGCCGUACUCCUGCCCAGAGUGGGGCCUGGGAUCCCAACAACCCUAACACGCCAUCACGGGCUGAGGAAGAAUAUGAGUACGCCUUCGACGACGAGCCCACUCCAUCCCCACAGGCCUACGGGGGCACCCCCAACCCCCAAACACCUGGCUACCCAGACCCCUCAUCUCCACAGGUUAACCCGCAGUACAACCCACAGACACCGGGGACGCCAGCCAUGUACAACACAGACCAGUUUUCCCCCUAUGCUGCCCCCUCUCCACAAGGCUCCUACCAGCCCAGCCCUAGUCCCCAGAGCUACCACCAGGUGGCACCAAGCCCAGCUGGCUACCAGAACACCCACUCUCCGGCCAGCUACCAUCCCACACCCUCGCCCAUGGCCUAUCAGGCCAGCCCCAGUCCAAGCCCUGUUGGCUACAGUCCGAUGACACCUGGAGCGCCCUCCCCUGGUGGCUACAACCCACAUACACCAGGCUCAGGCAUUGAGCAGAACUCUAGUGAUUGGGUAACCACUGACAUCCAGGUGAAAGUGCGGGACACCUAUCUGGAUACGCAAGUGGUGGGGCAGACGGGGGUCAUCCGCAGUGUCAUGGUAAGUGGGGCUCAGGCUGGUGGGUAGGCAGGCAUUCUCUCCUUUGGGUGUUCCCGCUGCCUGGAAUAAUGAUUGCCACCCAUGAGCAUGGCUACUUUGUGAUAUUCUCUUAUGAGAUCAGUUCCGUAACAUGGACUGAAUGCUCUGUUGUGCCAGGCUUCACCCACAGCGCGAGGCACCCACAGCCCCUGGGCUCUCCCUGCUCCAGGACUACUGGCCUCUCCGUUUUUUAGUCACCGAGUUCCCUCUAGCCUCAGGACCUUUGCUCAUAACUUUCUUCUGUCUAGAAUUCUCUUCCUUUCAUUCUUUGUCUAGUUAACUUCUCUAUCUUCAGGAAAGCACCCAGGCUAUUUCAGGUCUAUAUCUUAUAGGUCCAAAUAAUUCUUUCUCAUGGACCUCUGCCUAAAAGCUUUAAGUUUGCCCUGGUGACUCUUUGAUUACUAAUCCUGUCUUUAUUCCUAAAUAGUCCCAGUUCUUAGUUGAAGAACUGGCACCUUGUUUGGCUCACCAGUAAAUAGUGAAUUAAACAUCAGAGACCAAGCAAGACAGCUCCAGGCUCUGCCCUCCCAGAUUUCAUAUUCUAGUGGGACUUGUUACCAGACAUGCCCCGACAGCCCAAGUGGCCAGAGCUGGACUAUGGGAAGCCCAGAGGGCAAACUCAGAGAAGGCACCUUACCGACUUUGGAGGGGUCAGGGAGGGCUUCCUACAGGAGACAUUGCACUGAGACCUGAAGAAUGAAUCGGAGUAAGUGGUUGGAGAAGGGGUUAAGUAUGUUCCAGACAGAGAGGACACUCAAAGGCCUAGAGGUGAGGGA